AUGGAUUCCUGGUUAACCCGACGCAAGGCGGCUGAGAUUAGCGCAGCCGCACCGCUCACCGCGACGGCCCACAAGGUGAGCUUACGCGAGAUUUCAUUGGACAUGCGACAUGAUCGUUUUCGUGAUGAUCGCAAGCAUUUUGCGAUUUUGUUGAGGAAUGCCUUGUCGGAGGAUGACGGGUUGGGUGAUACUGCUACCUACGUCGCCCUGCAUGGCUGGUUUCACGGUGUUUCGGUGUCUCGCUUUUCCAAUAUUCUCAAUUCAUUUUGGACCAUCAAAAUGACGGAUGUUAUGAGUAUUAGGGAGCAGCAGCGCUGUACGCUUCAGUACUUUGCUGUUGACCUCGCGGCUGCGGCUUUCGCUUCUGCUUUGGUCACUCCCUGGGUGACAGCCAUUGAUAAGCUCGUCUUCAACAAAGCAACAAGCAAUACCUCCAUCAAGUCAUCCAUGCGAAAGUGGGCAUCCAAACCCAAGGCAACAUUUGCUUCUCUCUUCAUACCAUUCCUCGUCUACUUCGGAACCUACGCAACCGCCAACAUGUUCGAUUCCUUCAACGCCGUCCAAUACGACUGUGACCCCUCCAUCGUCUGCUCGUCUCCCGCCAAGUUCGCCGCCACCACGACCGUCAGUUCAGGGCUGAGUAUAUUCAAAGACGCCUACUUUUCGAGAAUGUCCUGUGGCAUGUCGACUCCUCUGCUGAGUUAUGCACUGUUUACCCUGCGAGAUGCGGUGACUAUAUACGCUUCGUUCAACCUGCCUACCAUGAUUGCUCCUAAGCUUGCCGAGUUCCCCUUCGCGUCAAUUACCCCGUUUGCCAACAUCUUUCAGUCUGAUGAUGCAAGGCUCAAGAUGGCUCAGCUGUUUAUGCCAGCUGCCUCGCAGGUAGUCAGUACUCCGAUUCAUCUGCUCGGUCUGGACGUCCAUGCUCGUCAAGUUCGCAUGACGAUCAAAGAUCGGAUCAGUGUCAUUAGGCGCUACACUGGCUUUGCUACACCUUUACGUAUGAUACGAGUUUUACCUUCUUUUGGUAUUGGUAGUGUAGCCAAUACUGGCUUUAGAAGGAACAUGAUGACUCGGGUGGUUUGA